AUGAUUUUAAUCGGAGGGAACUGUCGUCUGGUAUAUCCUCGUUGUCUUUUUGCAAUUGGUCAACGACGGAUCCGAAAUUUUGGGCUAACAGCUAUAAGAAAGCUGAGCAGUAGUAAAAAAACUGUUGAUGUUGAAACAGUUGGGAAAGUGUGUUUAAUUGCAAUUAACCGUCCAGAGAAGAAGAAUGCUAUCGACACAGCAACUGCUCACCAACUCUACCGCGCUUUCCAAGAUUUUGAAAAAAAUGAUAGAGUGGGAGUGGCAGUGUUGUAUGGCAAAGGUGGAAACUUUUGUUCGGGAUUUGAUCUUGGUGAAUUAGCUGAUGAAUUUCGAAAUACCUGUUACUCAAUGCCUGAUAUGCCGAGUCGAUCAGAAAGAGCACCAAUGGGUCCGACUCGAAUGUCAUUCACAAAGCCUGUGAUUGCUGCUGUCUCUGGGUAUGCCGUAGCAGGGGGUUUGGAAUUGGCUCUAAUGUGUGACAUCCGAGUCCUUGAAGAAUCAGCCAUCAUGGGGGUCUUCAAUCGGAGAUUUGGUAUUCCUCUGAUUGAUGGAGGCACAGCUCGUUUACCACAGCUGAUUGGCUUGUCUCGUGCCCUUGACAUGAUUCUCACUGGUCGGCCUGUAGACAGCAAAGAAGCUCUCAGUUUUGGAUUGGCCAAUCGAGUUGUACCAACUGGAACAGCCGUUGGUCAAGCAACUCAGUUAGCAUUAAGCAUCUCUCGUUUCCCUCAAAUGUGUCUUCAAGUCGAUCGGGCAUCUGCCUAUUAUUCAGCGUAUGAUGCAAUUUCUAUGCAAGAUGCUUUACAAAAUGAAUCUUUCAAGGCCAGAGAAGUGAUCCGAAGUGAAUCCAUCAAAGGUGCAAAGAAAUUUAUAUCUGGUGAAGGCAAACAUGGUUCAUUUGACGAUUUUAAGGACAAAAUGUGA